AUGGCGAAUCAGGGGAAAGGCUCGAGAUGGGGCUCGUUGUUGUCACAAGCUGUGGCGGGCAUGGAGGCGCAUCUUGACAAUAUGCUCGCUGAAGGUGAAGGUGGACCGAAUGCCACGAAACAAGCACAGAGCACGAGCGGCAACCCUCAGCGUCAAUCUGCAACUGUCCAGGCCAAAAAUGUGCCGGCGUCGCCUCGAACGUCCUCCAGCAGUAACCGAGUGAACGAUCGCUUGCAAGAGCGCUUAGCUAAAGCUAUCGCAACCAAAGGCGGCAGCAACGCAACCGAGAUCUCUAGUAUUACAAUCAACUCCAAUGAUUUUCAGAACAACAAAGCUUCCACCACAUCGGAAAAUAGCGCUGAGAAUCAGGUCCAACAACUGCGUGGUCCAGAAAGCCCGCAGACGGCUGCGGUCGGGGCAGCUGUCAUUGAACCUCUGUCCACGAACGAAACACACGGCACUGGGUUAGAUGACGUGCGAGAAGAUGCGAAGCGCGAUGGCGCUGAGCCUAUCGAGCUCGAGGAGGAACACCUCGCAAUCAAGUUGCCUCCAUCUUCUGAAGUGACGACAACACCUUCCGAUUCACUCUGUAGUCGCUGUCAAUCCUUGGACGUCAAGAUUUCGACCUUGGAGGCUGAGCAUCGUGGUGAGGUUCAUCGAUAUAUCGAGCAGGUUGACGCCUUGCAGGCCAAAUUGCAGUAUUUGUCCCGUGAAGCCAGUCAAGUUGCGAGGAAUGCUAUUAACGAUACUCAAUCGGGCACCCCGGAGCGAAAAUUGGCUGAAAAAGAUGAAAGGAUCGCAGUGCUCAUGGACGAAGGGAGAGGCAUGGCUGCUACUGAACAGAAGCACCGAAAUGCGAUAAAGAAGCUCAGGAUUCAGGUGGCCGAUAAUGAGAAGGCCAACGCCGAGCUGAAAGCCGCGCUUCAGCAGGCGCGGGCGGGUCUAGCUGACUUUCGUGCGAGCGAAACAAAGCUCGAACAGCUUGAGAGAGCUAGAUUCGAGUGGCAAGUUGGGUCGGCAAAGAUGCGUGAGGAGCUGAGCAUGCUGCGAUCAGACCUCAGCGCAAAGCAGAUCACUAUUGAGUCUCUUCGACAAGAUCUACAAAAAGCAAUAGACGAAGCGAAUACAUCCGCGUCGCGGUCUCUCGCUGAAGCUUUAGAAGCUGAAAAACGACGAGCCAGGGAGUUCGAGGACAACAUCGCGUCACUGCAGGUCGAGAAGAAUCUGGUCGCCGAACGAGCCAAGAAGAGGGAAGCGGAGCUCAGAGAAAAAGCCGAUGAGGCUGCGGAGCGCUCCCGUAUUGCUCAAUUGGAGCUGCAAGGUGAAAUGCAGGCAAUCGAGGGCAGACUCGAAGCCAUGCGGGCUUCUAGCAGAAGAGGCUCAUCAGGGGCUGUCGGCGACUCCUCAGCAACUUUGCGACAAAUUCAGCCUGAAUCUGACCAAUUCAAGGACCAGCUCGUCACACUCCAGAAGCGUGCAGAGGCAGCGGAUGCUGCGCUUGCACAAGCCAAGGCAGAUUUCGAAAAACAACAAGCCACCUGGAAGGCGGAACGCUGGGAUAAUCCUGACCGACGCCUUUGGCUGGAGGACGUCCCAGUCGCAUCGCCAAGGAUACAGAGUCGGCCAGAUUCACCUUUACUGUCUGUGCCCGUAAGGACUUUCAGCUCAGACCUCCUCGUUUCACAGGGGCCAUCCAGCAAGGGUCGCAAAAUCUCAACUCCUGGCAGCGUCGCUGACGGCUUUCACGAAUCAUAUUCGCCGGGUAGGCGAUUGUCAAGCCAGUCCCCUUUGAGGCCUUUCGUCCUCCCGAACAGCGCCGGCCUUUCGUCUUCAGUGUCCAUGGCCUCGUUCGAUCCACCUCGGGAAGGCGUGCAUACGGCAACGUCACAUCUGGGUGAACGAGAUGACAUAUCAGACGUGUUAGAUACGUCUUCUUCUCCACGCCAAAUGAUGCAAGACAUGGUAUCAGUAUCAACUGUUGGAGCGGGACCAUCAGUCCAGCUUGUUGAGCGCAUGAGUGCGGCGAUUCGGCGACUUGAGGGAGAGAAGAUGGCAUCAAGAGAGGAGCUGUCUAGAAUAUCAGGUCAAAGAGAUGAGGCCCGGGCGGAGUUGGUUGCUCUCAUGAAGGAAACGCAAUCUGCAGAAGCGACAUCCAGGAAGGUGUCGGACUUGAUGGACGAGGUGGCGAAUAUCAACGAGAGAUACCAGACCACGCUUGAAUUGCUUGGCGAGAAGAGCGAACUUGUGGAAGAGCUGCGAGCUGAUGUGGAGGAUGUUAAGGCCAUGUACCGAGACCUGGUAGAACGAACAGUAAAAGGGUGA